AUGGCCAAUCACACCACCCAGCUAGGACAAUUGCCGCCGCUCCAACUCGACACCCUUCGGCCCAGCGGCUCUGAUGCAGCGCCCACCACGGCCGAUGAACCAGCGCUCACAUCGGAACAAGACAGCAAGCCUGGGCGGCGGCACAAAACCAAGCGCCGUCACACCAACCGGGUGGCACCCGUUUCCGACUCUCGAGAAUGGCCGGAAGCUCGAACCCUGCAAGAGGAAGACAUGCUGGAGACACCUGUCGAUGGCCGGGGCGCAACCAGCCUCGCCUGGUCGGAUCGUCCCAGCACCCUGCGCGCCCAAGAGGGUCCAUGGCAAGCAGCUCAGCAUCGCAUUCAGCACGUCGUCGAAGGUCAGGCUUCUGUGCCCUCGCUGCAAAACUACUUUGUGUUGUGCCCCCCCCCCCCAUACCGCACGCCUUUCUUUGCCUCACGCCAAAGCCACCACGCAGGUCGUUCGGGCUUUCAGACAGUUUCUGCUGAGGCCAUGACUGCCCCCACACAGCCAACUGCCCACCAUCCAACCUCACAUCAACUUCAUCCCGGUCAACGGCUCUUCCGCGAGUCUCUGGUUGGCCGAACGGAACAGUGGACUUCGUCAGCGUUGGGUGUUUUGCUAGGCGUGGCAGGUGGCUUGUUGUUUCUUGAACAAAUCGAGUUUGACGUGCCCCUCGAAGACGUCCUCCGCGACUCGGGCUUGAAUUGGAUUGCGGCCCUGCACGUGUUGCUUGCCCUGGCUUUGCUGCACGCCGUGACCCUGUUCAAUGACGAUCGCUGCGCGCGAGUCAUCAACUGGGUCCGCUUUUUGCUCUGCGCCCUGAUCGCCAUCAUUGCCCUCUUGUGCACCUUGUCCUGGAAUUUUGUGGUCAACCGCGUCAAGCGCACCGACCCAAGAAAGCCCUUAUUGUUGGCUGACACCAAAUUCGAGAUUACCGACAUUACCUAUGCCUUUGCGGGCGUGGCCCUUCUCGCCAUUCUCACCCAAGCCAUCGUGGCUCGUCCCAUCCUCGAGAACCGCCCGUCUCCGGCCGACCUUCCAUCGCCAGCCCGCCCGUCCCGCCAGCUACAGGACCCGACCACAUCCCUGGCCUAA